CUGCCUCAGGCUUGACUCUUACCAUUCAGUCAUCUCCAGGCGAGAAAUGGAUUCCGCAUCGCCCGCUGAGCCAUCCAGGGUUGGGAACAUUCAUGGCAUCAGUCUGCAUAUUGAGAGCGAAGAUGAGCGGUCGUCGCAAGUCUUGACUUUCGACAAAUCUCAGUCUUCUGCCAUCACUAUUGGGCGUAGAUCAAGCCAUACGAGACGUUCAGGUAGCUUGCGAGAGCUCGACUGUGCUUUGUUCCGAUGCCCUGUAGUCAGUCGCAAGCAUGCCAAGAUUACAUUCACAAAGUACGGCAAUGCGUACAUCACUGAUCUGAAGUCGCACCAUGGUACAUACAUUCUUCGUCCAGGAGACACCCUAUCCAAGCCUAUCAAGGCCGAGACGCCCACUGUGCUUGCAGAUGGGGACAUCGUAACUUUCGGCAAGAUCGUAAGCAACGACGAUACCAUCGUCCACCCAAUUGCAGCCCGUGUCUCACUACUCUACGGCCCUGGUCCUGCGGCAGCCACUCCUACACACACCACGCCGAAUGCGAAUGAAGCUGGUCUGUCAGAAGAGCCCCCGCGCGGGACCUCUGGUCGUUAUGGUAUCUACGUCUCAUCAGACGAGUCCGAGGAGUCGUCGGAUGGAGGGUCUGACGUCGAAGAGAUCCCUCCCCCGUCUCCUCCGGCUGCGGCGCGCAUGCACCGCUACAACCUGCCAACGUUCACGCGCCCGUCGGACUGCACCGCGCGCAUGCAGCUCCUGCGGCAGGUCCUCCCCGCCAUCCAGCCCGCGUGUAUCGUGGACCUGCGCUCGGUCUCGCCCGAUCCAGCGCCCCCGGCACUCCCGCCCCUAGAAUCUGCAUCCCCGGCACUUGUGCCCGCCCUCGUGCAGCAGGAUGGUCAGACAGGCGGUGAAGCGGCGAGAGACGACGGCCCAAACCCCGAGCUAUCUAUCGUCGAUCGCCGCGAUCUCUUGCGCGACCUGCCCGACCUCAGCGUGCCGCCGCCUAUGUACUCCUUCCCAUGGCCACUCGCCUUCUCAUUCGACGCGAAUGCAGGAGCUUGCUCCCAUGCGAUCGAGGGAACUGAUUUCAUGCAUGACUGUGAUUCCGAACUUGCGAAUGCCUCUGAAAGCCCCGCUACGCAAGCUCAGGAUGGCGAAGAAGACGAUACGGCCUCCUCUGAGGGUAGAAGCACUACUCCUGAGGAACAGCCAACCAUGGUCCUGACCGAGCUUGAAGCCCAAGUCAACCUUGCCUCCAACGACAUUAGCACGCUACAGAUGCAAAGACGCUCUGACGAAUCGCGCUUUGAGGAGCAUGUCCGGGUGACAAAGGCGCGUUUGGCAGAGCUCGACGAGCACAUGCAGGAACUCAACGGGCGGGUGACGAAGCACGUCGCUGCCAAUGACGUCAUUAUGGCUGAGGCAACAUCGCGCGUUGACGACCUGCGCGCGGACAUCAACCGCGUGCACACCGAGCUCACGGAUAAGCUUGUGUCCGAAGAGCGGGCGUCUGCGAACCAUGCUGUCGAGCUGAACAACGUGGAUGCUAUGCGCACAAUGAUGGAAGACAUGCGCUCCCUCAAGAACGCAGUCGAGACCCAGCUCGCCCGCGACAUCGAGAUUAUCAAGGUCGCACAUGCGCAGACGCAGGCCGCGCUGCAGGCUCUCACCGCCGCGUCCGCACAGCAGGCGGAGACGUCCGGUACGCGCAAGCGCAAGCGUUUGGAGAUGAACAAUACGGAGGCGGAUAACGAAACUGGCGGCGAGUCGAGGGUUGCCGCCCCCUUGCCCAAGCGCCGUAGGACAGCAGGGCGCUUCGUGAAGCAGGUUGUGCAGACGACCACCGUCGCUGCGGUCGGCGCGGUCUUUGCUGUCGCCGCGCUUGCUUUCGUCUGAGUUUGAGAAGGCUUGAGUGAUAGAUUCCAUGGGAGUUAUGCAAGGUUAUCGUGAGAAAUGGCGUGUAGGACUAGCGAGGGAUGAGGGUGGAAGGGUCACUAGUAGUAUUACUUGAUGCUGAGUGUACGCUGUGUACGUUGUGGUCUAUCUGUAUAAGUAGGGCACGUAUACUAUUUUGACACCGUAAA